AUGGUCGUGGUCCACCGUCAGGGCGACUCUAUCUGGUAUCCGCAUGCCCAUCGCAUUCGCAGUAAAUCAAGAGCGACGGGCGUGAACCACAGUCUCACGAGCGUCUCUGAAAAGAGGAUGCGACGCGACAAUCGCCUCAAAUCGCAGGAUUCCGCUAAAAAACCACAAUAUUGGCCGGGCGGCCACUCACGGGCUUGGUCUCGUGCCUCGGGUGGAGAGAACGUUGAAAAUCGGGGAGUGGAAGCGAAUGACGAUCCAGACGUGCCUGGAUUGACUUCCAAUCGACGUCGGCGGUUGUUUUUCUGUGUUGUGGCCCUUGUGGGAUUGUGUGUUUUUGCUUCUUCCUCGACUUGCCGUGGACCGUGUCGGGUCUUAUCCUCGGAUGCUCUGACUGCGGUUUCCACCGUUCGCCAGCUCGUGAGAAAGCUCCCCCCAGAUUCUCUUGUGACAACCCAGGUUUUCCGGUGCUCGCAACAGCCACUGUUUGUGAUGUUCGCUGCGGUGGUGACACGCCAAUCUUCCAGUUCCAUGGAGGCCCCAUCUCUGGGAUUCUUGGGCUUAGCUCCGUUCUCUGGUUCCCGCUUCAGUCGAGAUAAUUUCGCGGCAAAGGGCCUAUCGGGCGGCGAUGGUCCUUUCUUUUCCCCUUUCCGACCUCCUGAACACCAGAUCCAAAGGAACCAGAACUCCAGAGGUUCGAACCCACCGCCGAUUCCUGCCCAACACAGUCCGUGUGGGAUGCAGAGCGAGUCUGGAACUGCAUGGUCGGAAUUUCUGGCUCUGUAA